ACGUGGUGUUCGGGACUAACCGGAUAAGACGCAUUAUUCUUUUUUGCUCCGACAUUUUAAAUAAAAGCUUCGAUUUGCAACUUAUUGUGGAGUAAAAUUAUUUAGCAGAUCGUAUAAAUCUAACUAAACCAUGGAACUAGGAGGCGAAGCAACGGUAUAUCGAAGCACUAUCGUUCACCUUGCAGAGGAAGUUGAGAAAAUGGAAAAUGACGUUAGACAAAUUCGCCUACGGAUUAGCACAAAGAAAAAUCUCAUAGCUCAGCUGCAGGCCUUAUACACCUCAAAAAAUCACAUAGAGAAAGAUCUAAUAGCGGAGGCAAAUGUGGAACGUCACCAUGCUGGCGCUGUGGCCAGUUCCAGUGGAAUUGGAAAUAAUUCCGGGACGCUAACAAACUCAUCAAUGAGAGACCAAAUAGUUAGCCAAAGCAACAAUAGUGUCGCCGACAGAAUAAUUUUAAUUUUGCAUUAUGCUCAUUUUAUCAUUUUUACCCUAAUUUGAAGGUUGAGAGCAUUGUCUCAUUUUAACAUGUGUAGUAUGUAAGUUUAAUCUUGAGUUUUCAGUAUGCAAUUUUGUCUCAUUUUGUCAAGUUUUAUGCGGUAUUCAGUCCAUGUUGUAGUCAGUUCGAUUUUUCAGUCAACGUGCCAGAAAGUCUGGAGUUAAUUUGUAGUUUUAAGAUUAUUUUAAGUGAGUUUAUUUGUAUAAGUGAACCUUUUUGACCCUUGUUCGUGAUUGGUCAGUCAGUUUUUGGGACUACAACCGUGUACUUAUAUUUGUAUGUUUGAAUGCAUAAAAGCUCAGAAGCAAUCUACCAUUUGUACCAGCAACAUUAAAACUUUGAACCGGUAGUCGUAAUAAAACUUUGUGCUUCUCCAUUGCAAAGUGUGGUCAAGUUUUGAAAUUAUUGACAUAAUUUGCGGUGUGUGAGAAGACUUGGAGGACUUAGUAGGGACCCUGGACUAUCACAUUUUUGCAUUUAACUGGGUGUAGGGAAUUGGAAGCCUGCUCAACUUCAUCCACUACAAAUAGUUACAUUCCGCAUUCCUCACCCCCUUCGCUUGAACCCUCCCCUGUUACACCACUUGAGCACCUUGCGAUGGGAAUUAGAGCCAAGUCAGGCGUCGACUUGAUCAAAGAGUGUGGACUUGAAGGGACCAAAAAGGCGAAACGAUGAGCGCACGUCGGUUCAAACACUUUUAAACUGAUUCGAAUUCCUAUAUUGAUUUGGAGGUGUAAGUUUGUCCCUCCAGGUUCUACCCAGUUUUAUCUUCUCUGCAAGUUUCCCCGUAAUUUUUCCAUAUAUACACAUAAAUAUGUAAGUUUACACUCAUGACAAUUCAUCAUCACCAUUACUAUAAGACAACCCCAACUUGAUCCUCCAAGAUUUUUCGACUCUGUCGCAAUCAGUUAAUUAUUCCCGACGGGAAAAAUUAAAUACAUUUCCGGGUAGUUACUUUUAACAUAAACCUCAUUUUUAUAAUUUUAUUCGCAUUAAAAUGUAAAAUCUGUACAAUAAAUGGGUCAAAUUGAGUUUGCGGAAAAUAAAAAUAUGCAUGUACAAGUGCAGACAAUUGUUUUGCAUUCAAUAUACACGCAUGUAUUAUUAUUUGCAAAAAUAUUUUGCACAUCCCAGCUUAUUACGCAUUUUAGUAGCCAUAAACUUUUGCAGACAAAGAGAAAUUUUACCUGGCAGCCACCACCACCAAUCCACCUUCACUUUCUACCUGUUGCAUUCACUACGUACAUUAAAAACUGUAUCAAGAAUAACAUGGGAAGGAUUUGGGUCAUUUAUGGCAGUAUUCAAGUCUUUGCUACAUUUAAUUAAGUAAAAAUAGUAAAGAGAGAAAGUGUCCUUGUCUUAUCGACGACGACAACGACGCCAUGGUCAUCGUCACCUGACCGAGAUGUCAAUCAAAUCAAGACCCACAUUGUCCCAGGAAUCCGAAGAAAUUAAUCCUUAAGGAGAUGAUGAGUGAAAAAGUAUUAGUUUUCGUAUUACUGGUCGCGGUGGGUGUCGUGGUGGGGGUGUAUAUUCCCCCCGGUCCGAAAUGGAAGUGUCCCCCGGCGACGCACGUUUGGCCGUGUGUUUGCCACACCCCGUCCGAUUUGGGGAUCUCGUUGGAUUGCAAAGAUGUCUCUCUCGCCACCCUCUCGGCCGCCAUGGCGUAUCCCGUGGGGCAAAAAAUCCCCAUCAAUUUUCUCAACGUGACGAGAUUAAACAGUAAAAAAUUGUAUGGACCGAUUUUUAACGAGCUGAACUGUACUCGGAUAAGGAUUCAGGAUUCGCCAAAGUUGGAAAAGAUUUAUUCUGAUGUGUUCUUCAAUACGAGGCAUACAUUGAAGGAAUUGGAACUUUUUGACACCAAAUUGGACGAAUUUCCAGUCGAAGCAUUCGCCGAGCUUGACCUGCUCGAGAGACUCGUCCUCGACGGUCAUGCCAUUUCCCAUCUUAACGUCCCCAUCAGAGGUCUCCCCCUGCUCAAGGAGUUUCGCGUGUCGAACGGAAAUAUUUCAGCGUUUGGAAAGGAAACAUUUUCCGCUCUGGGGGCUAAACUGGCGAGACUUGACCUGCACGGGAAUAAAUUAAAGGGAGUGCCCAAAGAUGCUUUUCAGAACUUAAAAAAUUUGGAGUAUCUCGACGUCUCUUACAACUCUUGGGAUAAGUUGGACCCCACUUAUUUCGUCCAUUUGAACAAACUGACCUGGUUUAACGGAUCGCACAACGAUAUCCCCGACUUCAAACGGGGCGCAUUUGCAAGAAACGGCUUCCUCCGAGUAAUUUAUUUGACGCAUAACAAAAUUACGAAAAUCGAUGCGGCCGCGUUUCGUGGAAUGCGACUGUUGGUUCGACUUUACCUGAGUGACAACCAAAUUACGGAGGUCGGUCGCGCCGCCUUCAACUCGCUGCAACGUAUUAAAACGAUCGACCUUUCUCGGAAUCGUUUGACCCUCGUGGAUUUCCAAAUGUUUCUCAAGCUUCCGUUCUGCGAGGAGAUCCUCCUUCAGGAAAAUAACAUUACGACAAUCAAGGCUGGCGCGUUUAACGAGUUUACCCAAACGCUGGUUAACAUUUCGCACAAUGCGUUAAGCAAAGUGGAAAAGGAGGCUUUUACGAAUUGUGUGAAUAUUACGGUCCUCGACAUGAGCCACAACCUUCUCACCAACUUUACACGAGGUGCAUUUGACGAGAACAGUUACGCCGACGAGUGGCGCCUAGACUUCAACCUGCUCCAAUUAACGACCGAUAUUCCGCUUAAGUUUAUGAUCCCGUUACGAAUAUUGAACGUGAGCUACAACAAUUUACGUGAAGUUGGAAGGAACACGUUUCCGAAACUGUAUGAAUUGCACACGGUAGAUUUUUCGCACAAUAAUUUGAGCAAGAUUCACAGUUCCGUGUUCGGAAAUAUUUUUGGAUUGAGGUUGCUCGAUUUGAGGUACAACAAUAUGUCGGAAUUAACGGGAUCCACGCUAGGCACGAUGCCCACGCUGUUAGAACUUUACAUGGACCAUAACAAGCUGAAGGUCGUGAGCAAUGCGGCGUUUACGAAAUUGGUGUCGUUAAGAGUGCUCUCCCUCGGGCAUAAUAAUAUGACGAAAGUGUCACAGAUUCCUGGAAGUUUGAACGAUCUCGACCUCUCCCACAAUUCGAUUACCAGUCUCGCCAAAGCCUGGCCACAGAUGAACGCCCUUCAACGCCUCGACUUAAGCUGGAACCAGCUCGGUGGGAAUUUAGAGGGGGGCUCAUUUUCCGGUUUAGCCGCCCUCGCAAAAAUCAACUUGGCACACAACAACAUUUCCGAGAUUCCCAUCGAAGCUCUAUCCGACUUAAGGACGUGUCAACACAUUGACCUCUCUCAUAACGGAAUUUCAUCCCUUGAGAAGGCAGCUUUUGGUCGUUUGCCCGUCGUGUUCACCUUGCUGUUGAAUAACAACAAUAUUUCGACCAUGGCACCAAAAUCGUUCGAAGGGCUGAUCCAAUUGUUACAUCUGGACUUAAGCAGUAACAAGUUGUCGAAUAUUCCAGCUGGUGCGUUAGCAAAUCUGGUGUCUCUGAGGACCUUAAAUCUCUCCCAUAAUGCGAUACAACGUACGGAAAAUGGGACAAAUUCCUUGUUUGAGGACGCUCUCUCUCUCCUCACGCUGGACUUGUCGUUCAACUGGAUUUCAUCGAUUUUUACGAAAACUUUUCCCCAACAGGAAUGGACCAACUACAAACUCGCCCACGUCAACCUCUCUCACAAUCGGUUACCCGCAAUAACCCGAGAAAUCCUGCGAGGCACGACCCGCACCCUUAUCUCACUCGACCUCUCGCACAACCAGAUAUCCGACGUGAAGCCGAACCUCCUCCAUCACCUCGCGGUUCUCGAGGACCUCGAUUUAUCCCACAAUUCACUCCACUUUCUCGAACCGGUCUCCCUCGGACCGCCCCCCGCCAUAAAAACUCUCAACCUGGAGGACAACUCGUUACGAAAAUUCCCCACGGACGUCCUCCCCCUCGCGAAAAACUUGACGUUCAUCAAUCUCCAGAGAAAUCGGAUACGACACUUUGCUCCCGAAUUUGGCGAUAAGAUUGAAACCAAUGGGAGUCGAAUUUUACUGGGAGGAAAUCCAUUAAAUUGUGAUUGUAUGCUGAUUCCGCUGCAGAGAUAUUUUACGAGGGAGAGGGAAGAGUUGAGUAAUCGGAGUGAAGCGUUUUUCCGAGAUUUUGAUAACUUUGAGUGCAUCUUGAGCAACAGUGGGGGUGCGGAUGGGGGCGAGGAAAGAGUGAAAUUGAGCAAUGUGGAGGAAUCAAGGUUGAUUUGCGAUUAUAGUGAUGACCCUUUAGCGAAAAGGGUGGAAAUUGGGAGGGAAGGAGAUGUCGAAAUCAGGACGGUGCUGCAAGAUGGGAGACAUGUGCAGAUAAGAUGGCGAGUAAAAUCGAAACGCGACAUCCUCGGCUUUAUCGUGACCGCCGUGGGAGACAAUGUCAUCCUGCACACGGCCAUGUUUGGCUACCACGUUCGCCUCGGGGGUAUCGACAUGCCGGACGGAUCGCGACAAAUCUGCGUCCUUCCGAACCUCUCAACCUCACAGAGUUUUGGAGCACCAAGCAUCGCAGAUGUCGAAGCUGUGGGGGCGUGUCGUUCAGUGGACGAGAGAGCCAUCGCAGCAGCGCAUAGUUCUGGACCAAGAUUAAUGACGAGUAGCGUGAUCGUGACAGUUUUUGCGGGAUGGAUGCUGCUGGUUUAAGUUAAUUAAUUAGUUACUUAAUUAAUUAAUUAGUGAGUAAUGAUGGUUGUGCUGUAAGGAAUGAUUUGUGAUAUUUUUACGAGUUGUUUUACAUACGUAUCGAAAGACUAAGUAAUUUAUUUGCGUCUUGACAUGAAUGAAUGAUGACAAUAAUUAAGUUUUAACUAAAUAUAUUUUUGUAACGAUUAAUACACAAAUUAAUUAACUUUUGGUGAAUGCAAGUGCCAACACAAAUAACAAAUUAGCAUUAAUUAACUAAUAAUUACGGUGUAAUAAUUUACAUAAUUUUAAUAAGUAACCAUUUUUAUACGGAACUUUUAUACUUUUGCAAAUAUUUAGCGAACAUGAAUUGCAUGCAUUUUUGCACGUGGUAAAUACUGUUGUGCCCUCGUAGCCAGGUUACCUUUCUCACGGAAGAAUCUCUGCCUUCUUGCUGACACGUUUUUUGUACCGAAACUUUUUACAGAAAAAUAAAAUAAAAUUCAGACAGAAA